GGGGAAGCUUGAGUACGAAUGCCUAAGCGUGAUCCAUGUAGGCGUUCCUGGAGCAUGCUCCCCCUUAAGUCCUCUGAAAUGACAGGAAGGACUUUUGUAAUCAAUUAGCGUAUUGCUAUACAGUUGCAUACUUUCAGCACUUACAAAAAAAUGAUGAUUUUUCUACACAACAGUAUAGAAAUUUAUUAUCCGCACUUUAAUUUCGCUUUCAAAUCCCAGGUGAAGCGAACGAUUUAUUCCACUGAAUUUAACGUUUAAUGGACAAUGGAUCUAACAGGUUUCUCUCAACAACAUUCAUCUUCAAUCAAAACGGAAACAAACAAAUGCGGCAAAUCAAAACUACGAGUCAUUGAGGCAAUGUAUUUUCCUUAGCAGUCUAGUCUUUUCACAGGAUAUGAUUGUUCUCCAGUCCUCCUUGCAUAGUGUAUGCAUUCUCCUCUUCACCGAGUUUUUUUUGUAAAAUUGCAUCAAAGAAUGAGUUGAAAUUUAAGUCGUUUUAUAUCUUCUCCAGGACAGAAACAAUCAGUUUAUCACCUACGUUCAUUUGUGCUGGGCACCCAAUAAUCCGUCUACAUAUAUCCGACUGAAGAUUCCCCGUCAAACUUUGGCUCUUGAUUUUCAGGUUUACUUAAGAACUGAAAAAGAAUGAGUGGGAGGGGGAGGGGGUUGAUUAAGCCCCCAGCCCCUCCCCCUGCGCGGUCCCUGUAAGCGUUAGGUUGUCCGAAACUUUUUAACCCGCUGGUCAUGCAUCAAUGACAUUGCUAAGGACUGUACAACAGAUCUGACGCGUGAUCGCUUUGUAAGUAAUUCGCGGGAGUUCGUGGAUUACAUGAUCAGCAACAAAAGAUACAAAAACACCUCAGGUGCUCAGCGAAGAACAAGACCAAACUGAAUGAGACAAUGAACAGCGGACAAGAAGGCCUGAUGGCUGUCCGAGAAGAACGUGUCAGGGAAGGAGGAAUUGAAAAGACCAGCACAACAUUUGUAGCCGCAACCGAUGAAGGUGUCUCUACACUUCACUACACACAAAUCAAUACUGCAGGGGCAAGCGGCGUUUUUCAGCCUACUGUGCCAAGGAUGGAAGCCUGGCUUCCUCACCCAGCGCCAAUAGCACCUCCAGGUAUCCUUCCUUCUGCGCCCCAGCUUGAAUCUGAUGCGCGAAAGAAAAGCUGUUCAAACUGCCUCGAGAACUUUUGUUGUUUGUAUGACACUAAUUCCAAGUGGUAUGAGUUCUCAGGGAAAGGUUUUUGGUGUGUGCUGUUCCUUCUGGUGGGAUAUUUGAUUGUCGGAGUUAUUGUGUUCGCAUUGGCGAUCCUUUACUUUGUCUGUAAAGUCAUGGAAGCACUGGAUUCAAGAGCUAACUCGAGUAGACGCUCGAGCACAAGCUCGUGCUCGUGUUGAUGCAGCUGUUAUGGAUGUCAGACGUGACUAAAGAACAACUUAAGUCAAUUUGUUGCAGAGACAUCAUAAGUGCUAUCCAGUAUUGUCAGGAAUAAUAAAUGUAGGAUGACUAACAAAGGAUGAACCUGAAACUAGACUUCAUAUAUUUUAGAUUUGAAAAGCUAUCGAUUGAUGUCUUUAACCCACAGGAAGAAACAGCGACAACAGAACUAAGAAAGAGUUCACUGACUCAGAAAGCUCGACUUGUUACCAGCCUGAUCUUAACUGAAUCAAAUUUUGUUCAACCUUGAGCCAAAGAAGUGAAAAUGCGAGUAUUGUAUUUCAGUGCUACCCACAGUGUCAAAUAUUUUAAUACGAACUGAGAGGUUGAGGUCCACAAAACGUCCACAUCGAGAUUCAGUCUGGCCAUUGUACUGUUUCUGUUGUUUGACUGUCUUAAACGCCUUUUAUAAGUAAAAAUGGUUUUGGUA